AGUACUCGUGUCGUGUCAUGUGCCCCGCCACCGUCGCGCCACCCCCCGCUUCUGCCGCUGCUGCCGCCGCCGCUGCCACCCUCGCCAGCGUCUGAGCCCCACGGACUGCUCAGCGGACCAUACGUGCACCCUGUGUGAAUCAGUGAAUUUUAUUUAUAAAAUAAUUAAACAGUGCUAACGAUUCGUGAAUCGAUUAUUAAUAAUCGUGAGAUCAGUUGUGUGUGACUGUCGUGUUAGUUCAAUCGCUUCUUUGGGUGACCAGUGUUUGGAUUUUCUUUUCCCGUAUUUAAAAGCUGCGGCCCCGCCCCGCAGACCGACAUGGUGUCCCGGCGGCGUAUUCUCUCGCGAUCGCGCGAUGACCUCAACCUGGACUCCACGUACGUCAUGCAGGAGGAGGAAGAAGACGUCUGGUACCAGCGCGACAAGCUCUACAAGGAUCACAUCCAGGAAGUGCUGGACAAAUGGACGCAGAUCGACGACGAGAUCUGGGCGAAGGUGAUCGUGCUGGAGCGCAACCGGCGCGUGGCGAAGGCCUACGCGCGCGCCCCGGUGCUCACCGUCAACGGCUCCGACGACGGCUUCGACGGCUUCCGAAUCGGGCUGUGUGGAUUUGACAACCCGAUGCGUGAUGCCAAAACGGACGAGAUAAAACGUCACAUUGGUCACGGCGUAAAAGUUAAGAUGGACGACCAAGGCAACAUCUUGGUGAAGCGCGUGUCUAAAUCCAAUGUGUACGUGAAGAGCACAGCCGCCGGCCCUGGGGACGAGACCAGCAUUGGCAACGAAAUCCUUAAGAUGCCGGGCUGCGCCUUAGAGAUGGACAAGCCUGUCAAGCUGUUCGACAUGAAGAAGUUCCAGCAGAACGUGAGCCGCGAGCUGCGCCGCGCCUACCCCGACCGCCGCCGCCUGGAGUGCCAGUGCCUCAGCGCCGUGGCCUUCGUCAAGGCGGAGUCGGAGCUGCUCGACUGCCCCAUCUGGGUGCUCAUCAUCAACGUCGUCGCCAUGGACAUGCUCAAGUCGCGCCUGCCGCCCGAAUAUGAUAAUGUAGGACAAAGAGGCAUAGAAAUCCCGAAGCGACGGCGGGUUCCGUGCAGGCGCUGGCUGCCGGGGGGCCGCGAGCGCUUGGCCCCCCCAGGGCCAGCCGCUGCCGCCGGCGCGGCGUCGUGCGGCGAUUCGCCGCGCCGCGAGCGCCCGUCAUGGCGCUACCGAAAGCGGUUGGGAUGGAGAACUUUAACAUUGAGUAGAGAACUUCGAGUGUGA